AUGGUUCCCAGUGGGCGAUCCAAGUACAAGCCGAUGGGUCGUAAGACGAAGGGUUGGAUCAAGGGAAUGCGAGCUGUGCAGCUCUGUCUCAGAGUCCUGGAGAUCAUUGGCGCCGUGGGCCUCGUGGUUGUCAUGAGCCUCGCGGGGCUGCUAGGCUGGGUCAUAGGCGUUACUCUCGGCUUUGUGGUCGUCCACUGUCUCUACAGCAUCUUCCACCAUGCUCGACCCGCAGGACUUCGGACGCCUGGUUCUUCGGCAGCAUACCAUGUCUUCUCCGCCAUCUCCGACCUCUGUGUGCUGCCGCUCUACGCAUACGGCGCCUAUACGACUAGGAACAAGGGCGAAGAAUGGAAGACGACGGACGUGGCUCAUACCAACGUCAUGAAGUACAUGGUGCCGUCUGUGUACUGGGGGUUGAUUGGCGCUGGCGGCUUGCAUGUGCUGUCUCUGGCCAUUUCGCUGUUCCUCGGAGUCAUGUUCCGGCGUAUCUCCACGAUGCCGCCGGACAUGAACCCCCUGGAGGCGAAUCUCACCUCGCGCGUUCACAAGAGGAACAAGUCCUCCGUCGCCACCACCUCGACCUACUCGGACGGCGAGAAGCGCGACAGCGAGCUCUAUGACGAGCAUUCACGGCCGCCGUCGGUUCCCUUCAUGCAUACCCGCCAAGGCUCCGAAUCGUCCUUCAACAGCCAGGAUUCCCGCCUGAACCUGCCCAGCCGGCAGUACCAGGUCGCGCACAGCCACCGCAGCUCGGCCAGCCCGCAGACCCUCAAGCGCAUGUCGGCACCGCCCACGGCCAGCCGCGCUUCGUACAUGGAAAUCCCGCUCGGUGAAACCGGCGCCAGCCCCUCCCGCCCGACCUCGAUGUACUCCACGCCCGAAGACCGACCAGGCAGCGGCUCAGGCGUCCCCGCCGCGCGGACUAGCCAGCCGCGUCCUGCCAAGUUUACCGAGACGUGGUACGCCUCCGAGUCGCUGAUCAAUCGCACACAACAGCGAAACCGCGCCGCAAACCGCGCGAGCGGCUCCUCCCCGCAGCGUGCCGGCACACGGUACGAGUCGCUGCGCCAGAACUUGGACGUGUCCGACUCAGAAGAUGAGAACGAGAACAACAACUACGACUAUCGCACCAACGAAAAUGCCCGCCACCCCAACCCGCUUCGCUCCCACCCCACGGCGACAACGACGACAACCUCCCCAUCCGCCCCCGCGUCGGCCCCUCGCAGGCCACGCACCCCCUUCUCCCGCCUGCGCGCGUCUGUCCUAUCCGAGAUGUCGCUCAACGACCGCCGCGUGAGCGGCAGCCAGGACAUCACCGACUCGUACGGAGGGAAGAACCGGGUCAGCUCGAUCCAGGCCGACGACGCCUUCUACUCGAAGCCGUACGGCGAGCUCAAGGCUGCGACGCCGCCCAUCAUGGUCGGUCCUUCCAGCAAUGGAUUGAGUGGGAAUAACGGGAGGGUGGUGUCAUCGGGGAAUGACUUUGACUUUGAUCUUGGCCAGAUGGGGGGUAGGAGGCGGGAUGUUAGCGGGAAGAUUGUGGAGGAGGGACGGUCGAGGGGGAUGGUGUUUUGA